AUGAACUUUGCGGAGAAAGAAGACUCUAAGAGAUACUGCAUCCAAACCAAACACGUGGCUAUUAUCUGUGCGGUGGUGGUGGGAGUAGGAUUAAUAGUGGGGCUCUCCGUGGGCUUGACCAGAUCCUCUGACUACAGCAAAGACAACGGGCAGGGCGCGACUCCGACUUCAGAUCUUCCUCCACAGGACCAAGAGGUCUGCCCUGCCAGCGAAGACGAAAGUGGACCGUGGAAGGAUUUCAGGUUGCCGGACUACAUCAACCCCGUGCACUACGAUCUGGAGAUGAAGCCCCUGUUGGAGGAGGACAGGUACACUGGUAGCGUGACCAUCUACAUCAACGUGAGCGCUGACACCCCGUACCUGUGGCUGCACCUCCGGGAAACGAAAAUCACCCAGCUCCCGGUGCUGAAGAAGCCCUCCGGGGAGCAGGUGCAAGUCAGGAGGUGUUUCGAGUACACAAAGCAGGAGUAUGUAGUGGUGGAGGCAGAAGAACCGCUUCCACCCAGCAGUGGCGAUGGUACCUACCUCUUGACCAUGGAGUUCGCGGGCUGGCUGAACGGCUCCCUCGUGGGGUUUUACAAAACCACGUACACGGAGAAUGGACAAAUCAAGAGCAUAGCAGCCACUGAUCAUGAACCAACAGAUGCCAGGAAAUCCUUCCCUUGUUUUGAUGAACCCAACAAAAAGGCGACUUACAAUAUAUCUAUCAUCCACCUCAAUGACUAUGAAGCACUUUCAAAUAUGCCAGUGGAGAAAAAAGAGUCGGUGGAUGAUAAAUGGAAUCGAACAACUUUCCAGAAGUCUGUCCCCAUGAGCACUUACCUAGUGUGUUUUGCUGUACAUCAAUUCGUGCCCAUAACAGAAUAUUCAAAGAGCGGAAAACCUCUCACUAUUUAUGUCCAGCCAGAGCAAAAGCACACAGCUGAAUAUGCUUUAAACAUAACUAAAAUUGUGUUUGAUUAUUUUGAAGAAUACUUUGCUAUGGAGUAUGCUCUUCCUAAAUUAGAUGAAAUUGCUAUUCCAGAUUUUGGCACCGGUGCUAUGGAGAACUGGGGCCUCAUCACUUACAGAGAAACUAACCUGCUUUACGACGCUAAUGAAUCAGCCUCAUCCAACCAACAGAGGGUGGCCACUGUGGUUGCCCAUGAAAUCGUGCAUCAGUGGUUUGGAAAUAUUGUGACCAUGGACUGGUGGGACGACUUGUGGCUAAAUGAAGGAUUUGCUAGCUUCUUUGAGUACCUGGGAGUAAGCUAUGCGGAAAAAGAGUGGCAAAUGCAUGACCAGAUAUUACAUGACGAUGUAUUACCUGUACAAGAGGAUGAUUCUUUGAUGUCUUCACACCCAAUUAUUGUCACUGUGGCAACCCCUGCUGAAAUAACAUCUGUGUUUGAUGGAAUAUCCUAUAGCAAGGGCGCUUCCAUUCUACGAAUGCUUGAAGACUGGAUAACACCAGAGAAGUUUCAAAAAGGAUGUCAGAUUUAUUUAGAAAGAUAUAAAUUCAAGAAUGCAAAGACAUCAGAUUUUUGGGGAGCACUGGAAGAGGCAAGUAAUCUACCAGUGAGGGAAGUAAUGGACACCUGGACUAAACAGAUGGGUUACCCUGUGCUUAAUGUGCAAGAUAUGGGGAACAUCACACAGAAACGUUUUCUGUUGGACUCAAAAGCUAAUGCCUCCGAGCCACAUUCAGAGCUUGGUUACACAUGGAAUAUUCCAAUUAAAUGGACUGAAGAUAAUCUAUCAAGUAUUACACUCUACAAUAGGUCAGAAGAAGGAAUCACUUUGAACUCUUCUGAUCCCAGUGGAAAUACUUUUCUCAAAAUAAACCCAGAUCAUGUUGGAUUUUAUCGUGUAAAUUAUGAAGCACAAACUUGGAACAAACUAGCAGAAAAUCUCUCCUCCUCCCACAUGGACUUUUCUUCUGCUGAUCGUGCAAGUCUUAUUGAUGAUGCUUUUGCCUUGGCAAGAGCUCAACUUCUUGAUUAUAAGAAGGCUCUGCAGUUGACCAGGUAUCUCACAAAGGAAGAGGAUUUUUUGCCAUGGCAGAGAGUCAUUUCAGCAAUAACCUAUAUCAUUAGCAUGUUUGAAGAUGAUAAAGAGCUAUACCCUCAGAUUAAGAGUUACUUCCAAGGUCAAGUGAAGCCCAUUGCAAGUAGUCUGGGAUGGAAUGAUGCUGGAGACCACCUAACAAAGUUACUCCGGGCCUCUGUGUUAGGGCUGGCGUGCAAGAUGGGAGAUAGUGACGCUUUGAACAAUGCUUCCCAGUUGUUUGAGCAGUGGCUAAGUGGAAGUGUAAGUCUUCCUGUAAAUCUUAGGCUUCUGGUAUAUCGGUAUGGGAUGCAGAACUCUGGCAAUGAGACUUCAUGGAACUACACUCUUGAGCAAUACGAGAAAACAUCAUUAGCUCAAGAAAAAGAAAAACUGCUGUAUGGAUUAGCAUCAGUGAUGAACACUACUCUAUUGUCAAGGUAUUUGGAAAUGCUCAAGAACUCAACCAUUAUUAAAAGUCAGGAUGUGUUUACAGUCAUCAGAUAUAUCUCAUAUAACAGCUAUGGGAAGACCAUGGCCUGGAAUUGGAUACAACUCAACUGGGAAUAUCUAGUCAACAGAUACACCAUCAAUGACAGAAACCUUGGCCGGAUUGUCUCAAUAGCAGAGCCUUUCAACACUGAGCUACAACUCUGGCAGAUGGAGAGCUUCUUCGCCAAAUAUCCAGAAGCUGGAGCAGGAGAAACACCUAGGCAGCAAGUACUGGAAACUGUGAAGAACAAUAUUGAGUGGCUAAAACAAAACAGAGACACCAUUAGAGAAUGGUUUAGUGCUUUAUCUAGGAAUAGCUAA